UCUCUCUCUCUCCCCCUGGCCCUGGAGGAAAACCUCAUUUUCUCUCUCUAAACCUGCAGCAUCUUCACUCUCUGUUUGCUAACCAACACUAGACCCAUUCUAGCCGUUGUGGGUCAAAUAACUUGACCACACAUUAAGACCUUCAAGUGUCUGCCACCACCUCCAAAGAAAACCCUCGUGAACUCCAUGUAAAAAAGAUCUCAGAUUUAAUGAAGGAAACGGGUCACUUGCAACUUUGCCUCUAAUUCAGAAACGGAUCAUGACCAGAGUUGUUCGUGACCGGAUACUUAAGGAUGCUAAUGGUGAUAUUAGUGAUCAUCUUCGAAACCAUAUUCAUUUAACAAACUGUAUUCAUUUGAAAAACCAUAUGCAUAAAAAUAGUCCUAUAAUGACCGACAGGUCCCUUAUUAGGGACCUGGUUGUUCUUCAACGGUCACGAUCUUUAAGGGAUCCGUCUAUGAGUCCACCACCAUUUCAGUCUCCUUCUGCCCUUGAUCUGUUACCCAAAAGGAUAGAAAAGGAGGCUGCUGCUAGCGGCAAUGGAAGGCGGUCAAUUGGUUUAUCGGGCAACUCGUCAUCAAAUGUGGGUCCUGGGGAUGCAAGUCGUAGAAGAAACAAGAAAGAAGAAUCGAGUGGGAGGAGUUUUGGUUCUGGUUUGGUUGGAAGUAAAGAUGAUUCUCCGCUAGAUGCUGUUAAUUUGGCUCGUGAUAUUUAUCCGGGAAGUUCUGAUUCGAAGAGUAAACAAAAUGUGCGCAAAAGCAAGCAAGAUGAUCAUAUCAAGACUCUUUCUCGUCAUGAUGUCCCGAUGGAAAGUGACAAUGUGGCUUCUUCGCACAAUCGUUUACAUGGAAGACAAGGUGUUGUGGAGGUUGAAUCAGGCAUACAUAGCCACGGUCUUAAUAGAGUUAAAAGGCGGCGGUUUCGUGGCGGAAGGAGAGUUCCUCGUGCGGCAGUAGGCGGUGGAGCUAAAAACGAGAUGUCCAUGGCUUCUAAUUUCGUAGCUCAUAUGGAGGAGAGACAAGUUGAAUAUGGCGGCGGCGAGCAGAAUGUUACAGGAGGUCCCAAAAAUGGUUGUGGGAUUCCAUGGAAUUGGUCACGAAUUCACGAUAGGGGGAAAUCUUUUCUUGAUAUAGCCGGAAGAAGUCUCUCCUGUGGUUUAUCGGACUCCAGAUCAAAAAGAGGCGGUCCACGGGAUUCUGUUCAAAUGCCCGUUAUGUCCGAUCACUCUAGUUCAUCCACGAAUGGCGAAUCGUUGCCUUUAUUGAUGGAUGGUUCUCAAGAAAGCGCGGAAAAUCCGGCUGCAUGGGUUCAUGAUUAUUCCGGUGAAUUAGGGAUUUAUGCUGAUAACCUUUUGAAUAGCGAGAUUGACUCGGAUCUUGCUUCAGAAGCAAGAUCCAGCAACCAAAGACGGAAGGUUCGAAUUCAUGACAAUUCUAGGCACCAAAAUCUCACUCAAAAGUACAUGCCAAGAACAUUCCGAGAUCUAGUCGGCCAGAAUUUGGCCGUUCAAGCUCUCUCCAACGCUAUUGCCAAAAAGAAAGUCGGUUUGCUUUAUGUAUUUUACGGGCCCCAUGGCACUGGAAAGACCUCGUGUGCCCGUAUAUUUGCUCGAGCUUUAACUUGCCAAUCUUUAGAUCAUCCAAAACCUUGCGGAUAUUGCCAUUCUUGUGUAGCACACGAUAUGGGCAAGAGUCGGAGCGUAAGAGAAGUGGGUCCCAUGAAUAAUCUUGGCUACAAGGGUAUUACGGAACUUAUUGAGAAUAUGAUAGUUUCUCAGCUACCGUCACAGUACCGAGUGUUCAUCAUCGAUGAUUGUGAUACUUUGCCUCCAGAUUGUUGGAGUGCCAUAUCUAAGGUUAUUGAUCGAGCUCCCAGGCGUAUGGUUUUUGUACUAGUCAAUUCGAGUCUUGACGUUUUGCCACAUAUAAUCGUUUCCAGGUGCCAGAAGUUUUUCUUUCCCAAGUUGAAGGAUGCAGAUAUUAUCUAUACAUUACAGUGGAUUGCAACCAAAGAAGAUUUUGAAAUCGAUAAAGAUGCAUUGAAGCUUAUAGCCUCGAGAUCUGAUGGAUCAUUGAGGGAUGCCGAAAUGACGCUCGAGCAGCUGAGUCUGCUCGGGCAAAGAAUCUCCGUUCCUCUUGUUCAAGAACUGGUUGGGCUUAUAUCUGAUGACAAGUUAGUCGAUCUACUCGAUUUAGCAUUGUCAGCAGAUACCGUAAAUACGGUGAAACAUUUAAGAGAAAUUAUGGAGUCGGGUGUUGAGCCAUUAGCUUUAAUGUCACAACUUGCAACCGUAAUAACCGAUAUUCUUGCGGGUAGUUAUAAUUUUAUGAAAGAAAGGCCAAAAAGGAAGUUCUUUCGGCGACAAGCUUUGUCUAAAGAUGAUAUGGAGAAGCUGCGGCUAGCAUUAAAGACGUUAUCUGAAGCAGAAAAGCAGCUCAGAAUGUCGAACGACAAAUUGACAUGGUUAACAGCAGCGUUAUUGCAGCUUGCUCCCGAUCAGCAGUACGUGUUGCCCACAUCCUCCACGGAUACCAGUAUCCAUCACAGUCCGUUGGGCUUAAGUAAUGGUGGUGGAAGAGAUGGAGCCCGGAAAAGUAACUUUGAACAUGCUGAGAUGAUUGACGGUCAAAGGGGAUUUUCAAAAAGUGGUGGAAAUUCUAGCGGUGUUCAUAGGAAAUCGAAAGAAGGUAUAUAUCGGCAAGAAAUUGAAGAAAUUUGGUUGGAGGUGUUGGAGAACAUUCCGAUAAAUAGCAUAAAAGAGUUCUUGUAUCAUGAAGCAAAGCUGGCAUCACUCAGUUUUGGUGCAGCUCCGACCGUUCAGCUUAUGUUCACUUCUCAUAUGACGAAAUCGAAGGCAGAGAAAUUCAAAACGCAUAUUCUGAAAGCAUUUGAGCAUGUUCUUGGAUCACAUGUUACAAUCGAAAUGAGAAGUGAUCCGAGGAAAGAAGUAGGAAAAGGGCGUGAUAUGCAACUCACAAUACCAGCAUCGCAAGAAGACUUGUAUGCAACACGAAGAAGUGAGAUCGUUGAAGUAGAAGCUUCUCCUCGAGAACCAAAAACCAGGUUGCAUAUUGAUAACCACGAUAAAAUAGAAGCUACUCCAUCUCAUAAGAAUUCGAGCAGUGGCUUCCAAAGAAGAUUAGGGGAACAAAAUCAAUCUAUGAGCCUAGUUAGAGGAAAAGUGUCUCUUGCAAAUGUAAUUCAGCAGGCGGAAUCACAGCGAAAUGGUUGGACGACACACAAAGCUGUUUCCAUUGCCGAAAAGCUUGAACAAGAGAAUCUGAGACUUGAACCAAGAUCAAGAAGCUUGUUGUGCUGGAAGGCAUCUAGAGUUGCUCGUCGGAAGGUUUCGCGUCUGAAAUUUAGAACAAAAAAGCCGCGGGCUUUGCUAAGAUUGGUGUCCUGUGGGAGGUGUCUGUCAAGUAGAUCACCAAGGUAAUACGAAAUCUCCAAUUUAGAGCAUCAAAUUGUAUGGGUCAUUGGGGUUUUGAUUAAUAAUAAGAGAGAGUCAACUCCAAGAACAAUGGAAAAAGGCAAAUGGUGCAUUUCUAGCGUUCAGUGUUCUUUGUAGGCCUUAUUUUGUAUUCUUUGAUUUAGAAAAGUGGGGUUUCAUAAAACUCAUGUCUAUUUAUUUCUCUUUCUGGGGUCGUCUAAAAGUUGGUGGGAAGGCCAUCGGGGACUUUU